CCGGGAACAUGUGAGGGAGUCUGCUACUGCUGCUGGAAAGAGGACAGCUGGAGCUGUGUUCCUACCGCAAGAACUGAUCAAGUGAACCUCGGUGGACGUGGGUGGUGAAAGAGGUGAAAUGGACGACGACAAUAUGAAUACAAAAUCCAUUCUAGAGGAACUUCUUCUCAAACGGUCACAGCAAAAGAAGAAAAUGUCACCAAGUAAUUACAAAGAGCGGCUUUUUGUUCUGACUAAAACAAACCUCUCUUAUUAUGAAUAUGACAAAAUGAAAAGAGGCAGCAAAAAGGGAUCUAUUGAGAUCAACAAAAUCAGAUGUGUGGAGAAAGUGAAUCUUGAGGAGCAAACCCCUAUUGAGAGGCAGUACCCAUUUCAGAUUGUCUAUAAGGAAGGACUUCUUUAUGUCUAUGCUUCAAAUGAAGAGAGCCGAAGUCAGUGGCUGAAAGCACUGCAAAGGGAAAUAAAGGGCAACCCCCACCUGCUGAUCAAGUACCACAGUGGCUUCUUCAUUGACGGGAAGUUCCUGUGCUGUGAACAGAGCUGCAAAGCUGCCCCUGGAUGUACUCUCUGGGAAGCAUAUGCUGAUCUGCAUACUGCAACCAAUGAAGAGAGACCCAGAGCUCCCACCUUCCCAGAGAGGGUGCUGAAGAUUCCUCGACCAGUUCCUAUUCUCAGAAUGGAUGAACCAUCUUCAAGUACCACCCUAGCCCAGUAUGAUGGUGACUCGGGAACAAAGUAUGGCUCUCAGCCCAAUGUCAACUUGCGCUAUGUCCCUAGAGAAGAUUGCCCUGACUGGUGGCAAAUAAGAAAACUGAAAAGCAGUGAAGAUUUUGCAUGCAUGGAGCAAUGGGAAAGAAAUGUAAAUCACAGUCCCUUGAAGAUUUCAUGGGGCUUCCCUGAGUCAAAUUCAUCUGAAGAAGAGGAAAACUUGGAUGACUAUGACUGGUUUGCAGGUGACAUCUCCAGGUCCCAAUCUGAGCAGUUACUGAGACAAAAGGGAAAAGAAGGAGCAUUUAUGGUCAGAAAUUCCAGCCAGGUGGGAAUGUUCACAGUGUCCUUAUUCAGUAAGGCCAUGAAUGACAAAAAAGGGACUGUCAAACAUUACCAUGUGCACACGAAUGCUGAGAAUAAACUAUACCUGGCAGAAAACUACUGUUUUGAUUCAAUUCCAAAGCUUAUUCACUAUCAUCAACACAAUUCAGCAGGCAUGAUCACCAGACUCCGACACCCUGUGUCCACCAAGGCCAACAAGGUUCCCAGCUCUGUGUCCUUGGGAAGUGGGGUCUGGGAACUGAAAAGAGAAGAGAUCGCUCUGUUGAAGGAACUGGGAAGUGGCCAGUUUGGAGUGGUCCAUCUGGGCAAGUGGAAGGGGCAGUACGAUGUUGCUGUCAAGAUGAUCAAGGAGGGUUCCAUGUCAGAAGAUGAGUUCUUCCAGGAGGCUCAGACCAUGAUGAAACUCAGCCACCCCAAGCUGGUGAAAUUCUACGGAGUGUGCUCGAAGAGCUACCCCAUAUACAUAGUGACCGAGUAUAUAACCAAUGGCUGCUUGCUCAGCUACCUGAAGGGUCAUGGAAGAGGACUUGAGCCCUCCCAGCUCUUAGAAAUGUGCUACGAUGUUUGCGAAGGCAUGGCCUUCUUGGAGAGCCACCAGUUCAUACACCGGGACUUGGCUGCUCGGAACUGCUUGGUAGACAGUGAUCUGUCUGUGAAAGUAUCAGACUUUGGAAUGACAAGGUAUGUUCUUGACGACCAGUAUGUCAGCUCAGUGGGCACCAAGUUCCCGGUCAAGUGGUCAGCCCCAGAGGUGUUUCACUACUUCAAAUACAGCAGCAAGUCAGACGUCUGGGCAUUCGCUUCCAGAAAAAAGGCCUACGUUUCAGCAACUCCUGUCUUCCAUCGAACUUUUCCAGGAAAAAGACAAGUCUUGAAGAAGAAGUUAGAAGAUCUGAUGAGAAUGAAUAUAGAAGUUGGGUAGCACUGUCAUUCUCUACACAGAACGUUGCAAAGCACUGAUGCAAUUUAGCUAGUUCUUAAUAGUAUUCUCAGUGUUGUCUGGCUACUAUAAUAUCUAGAAGUCAACACGAUAGGAAACAAAAAGUAUCCUUGAAACUUAGGUCAAAUUAGUCAUUUUGUUUACUCUGCUUUUACUAUUACACUUCCCAGCCUAUGCCAGAAGCACAUUUUCUGACUGCAAUAUAGAGAUGGUGUAUGUGUACCAUGUGUAAAGAUUGAAUAGAGAAAUUAUUUGUUGGGUAUUUGAACUUUUCUUCAUGUUGUCACUAUCAUGAUAAUUAAAUGAAAUAUAGAAGUGUGA